AUGGUGGGUGAAGGCCCCUACUUUAUCUCAGAUCUGGAUCGGCGAGGCCAGCGAAGAUCCUUUAUAGAAAGAUAUGAUCCCAGCCUAAAGACCAUGAUCCCAGUGAGACCUUAUGCAAGGCUGGCACCCAACCCUGUGGAUGAUGCAGGACUGCUCUCCUUCGCUACAUUUUCCUGGCUUACACCAGUGAUGGUUAGGGGCUAUAAGCAUACACUGACUGCGGACACCCUGCCCCCGAUGUCACCAUAUGACUCAUCAGACACCAAUGCCAAAAGAUUUCGAAUCCUUUGGGAUGAAGAGGUGGAAAGGGUGGGUCCUGAGAAAGCCUCUCUGGGCCAAGUGGUCUGGAAAUUCCAAAGGACGCGUGUUUUGAUGGAUAUUGUGGCCAACAUCCUGUGCAUUAUCAUGGCAGCCAUAGGGCCGACGGUUCUCAUUCACCAAAUCCUCCAACAGACUGAGAGCAUUUCUAGGAAUGUCUGGGUUGGCAUUGGCCUGUGCAUAGCCCUUUUUGCUACUGAGUUUACCAAAGUGCUCUUUUGGGCCCUUGCCUGGGCCAUAAAUUACCGCACAGCAAUCCGGUUGAAGGUGGCCAUCUCCACCCUGGUUUUUGAAAACCUGGUGUCCUUCAAGACGCUGGCACACAUCUCUGUUGGAGAGGUGCUCAAUGUACUAUCAAGUGAUAGUAUUCCUUGUUGAAGCUGCCUUUUUUGUCCCUCAGCCACCAUCCCGAUCCUAAUGGCUGUUUGUGCAGUGUAUGCCUUUUUCAUUUGGGGCUCACAGCUCUUCAUUGGGAUAUCUGUGUACAUCAUAUUCAUCCCCAUCCAGAUGUUUAUGGCUAAGCUCAAUUCAGCUUUUCGAAGAUCAGCAAUUUCAGUGACAGACAAGCGAGUUCAGACAAUGAAUGAGUUUCUGACUUGCAUCAAGCUGAUUAAAAUGUAUGCCUGGGAGAAAUCUUUUACCAAUACCAUUCAAGAUAUAAGGAAGAGGGAAAGGAAAUUACUGGAAAAAUCUGUUGUUCAAAGUGGAAACUCAGCCCUGGCCUCCAUUGCAUCUACCAUAGCCAUUGUAUUGACAUUCACCUGCCACAUCCUCUUGAGACGCAGGCUCACCGCCCCCAGUGGUAGAACCAUCUCUAGAGCUGGUCUCCUUCACAUUCCAACACUGGACAGUGCCAGCUGGGAAGCUCCUCCUCGCCUUUGCCCAGCACUGGCAUUUAGUGUGAUUGCCAUGUUUAAUGUAAUGAAGUUUUCAAUUGCAAUCUUGCCUUUCUCGGUCAAAGCAAUGGCCGAAGCCAAUGUCUCUCUGAGGAGAAUGAAGAAAAUUCUCAUAGAUAAAAACCCCCCAUCUUACAUCACCCAACCAGAAGACCCAGAUACUGUCUUGCUUUUAGCAAAUGCCACCUUGACAUGGGAUCAAGAAACCAGCAGAAAAAGUGAUCCAAAGAAAGUGCAGAACCAGAAAAAUUGUUUUCUUAAGAAACAGAGGCUAGAGACAUACAGUGUGAGAUCAUCAGCCCAGGAAGUUGCUGGCCCAGAGGAGCAAAGUGGUAGCCUCACAUCGGUUCUGCACAAUAUAAGCUUUGUGUUGAGAAAGGGGAAGAUCUUGGGAAUAUGUGGGAAUGUUGGAAGUGGAAAGAGCUCCCUCAUUGCAGCUCUCCUAGGACAGAUGCAGUUACAGCAGGGGAUCGUGGCACUCAAUGGGACUGUGGCCUAUGUUUCCCAGCAAGCAUGGAUCUUUCAUGGAAAUGUGAGAGAAAACAUAUUAUUUGGAGAAAAGUAUGAUCACCAAAGGUAUCAGCACACAGUUCGUGUCUGUGCCCUCCAGAAGGACCUGAGCAACCUUCCUUAUGGAGACCUGACUGAGAUUGGGGAGCGGGGCCUCAACCUCUCUGGGGGACAGAGGCAGAGGAUCAGUCUGGCCCGUGCUGUCUACUCGAACCACGAAAUCUACUUGCUGGAUGACCCCCUGUCAGCAGUGGAUGCCCACGUGGGGAAGUAUGUCUUUGAGGAGUGCAUCAAGAAGACGCUCAGCGGGAAGACCAUCGUUCUGGUGACCCACCAGCUGCAGUUCUUGGAGUCUUGUGAUGAAGUCAUUUUGUUAGAAGAUGGAGAGAUUUGUGAAAAGGGAACCCAUAAGGAGUUAAUGGAGGAGAGAGGGUGCUAUGCAAAGCUGAUUCACAACCUCCGAGGGUUGCAAUUCAAGGAUCCUGAGCACAUUUACAAUACAGCAAUGGUGGAAGCCCUUAAGGAGAACCCCACUGAGAGAGAUGGAGAUGCUGGUACAAUAGUUUUGGAUCCAGGGGAUGGGAAAGAUGAAGAAAAAGAACCUGAAACGGACUCAGAAUUUGUAGACAUAAAAGUUCCUCUGCACCAGCUCGUCCAGACUGAAUCCCCUCAGGAAGGAACCGUGACCUGGAAAACGUAUCACACGUACAUUAAGGCUUCUGGAGGGUACCUUCUCUCUCUCUUUGUGGUGUCCCUCUUCCUCCUGAUGAUCGGUAGCUCUGUCUUCAGCAAUUGGUGGCUGGGUCUCUGGCUAGACAAGGGUUCACAGAUGACCUGUGGACCCCAGGGCAACAAGAGUGCAUGUGAGAUUAGCGCAGUCCUGGCAGACACCGGGCAGCAUGUGUACCAGUGGGUAUACGCAGGGAGUAUGGUGUCUGUACUGAUGUUUAGUAUCAUCAAAGGCUUCACCUUCACCAAGACCACACUGAUGGCAUCCUGCUCAUUACACGACCGAGUGUUUGACAAGAUCUUAAGGAGCCCAAUGAGCUUCUUUGACACGACUCCCACUGGCAGGCUAAUGAACCGUUUUUCCAAGGAUAUGGAUGAGCUGGAUGUGAGGCUUCCAUUUCACGCGGAGAACUUUCUGCAGCAAUUUUUUAUGGUGCUGUUUAUUCUUGUGAUAUUGGCUGCUGUGUUUCCUGCUGUCCUUUUAGUCCUGGCUGGCCUUGCUGUUGGCUUCUUCAUUCUUUUAUGCAUUUUCCAUGGAGGAGCCCAGGAGCUCAAGAAGCUGGAGAAUAUCAGCCGGUCUCCCUGGUUCUCCCACAUCACUUCAUCCAUGCAGGGCCUGGGCAUCAUCCAUGCCUAUGACAAGAAAGAGGACUGCAUUAGCAACCACCUCCUGUACUUUAACUGUGCUCUCAGGUGGUUUGCUUUAAGAAUGGAUGUCCUCAUGAACAUUGUCACCUUCAUCGUGGCCUUGUUGGUGACUCUGAGCUUCUCCUCAAUUAGUGCUUCAUCCAAAGGCUUGUCUUUGUCUUACAUCAUCCAGCUAAGCGGACUACUCCAAGUAUGUGUGCGAACAGGGACAGAGACCCAGGCCAAAUUCACCCCCGUGGAGCUGCUCAGGGAGUAUAUUUUGACCUGUGUUCCUGAAUGCACUCACCCCCUCAAAGUGGAGACUUGUCCCUGUGACUGGCCCAGGCAUGGGGAGAUAACAUUCAGAGACUAUCAGAUGAGAUACAGAGACAACACUCCCCUUGUUCUUGAUGGGCUGAACUUGAGCAUUCAAAGCGGGCAGACAGUUGGGAUUGUUGGAAGAACAGGUUCUGGAAAGUCAUCCUUGGGAAUGGCCUUGUUUCGUCUGGUGGAGCCAGCUGGCGGUACGAUUUUCAUUGAUGAGGUGGAUAUCUGCACUAUAGGUUUGGAAGACCUCAGAACCAAGCUGACUGUGAUCCCCCAGGAUCCUGUCCUGUUUGUAGGUACAGUAAGGUACAACUUGGAUCCAUUUGAGAGUCACUCAGAUGAGAUGCUCUGGCAGGUUCUGGAAAGGACAUUCAUGAGAGACACAAUAAUGAAACUCCCAGAAAAAUUACAGGCAGAAGUCACAGAAAAUGGAGAAAACUUCUCAGUAGGGGAACGUCAGCUGCUUUGUAUGGCCCGAGCACUUCUCCGUAAUUCAAAAAUCAUUCUCCUUGAUGAAGCCACCGCCUCCAUGGACUCCAACACUGACAGCCUUGUUCAGAGCACCAUCAAAGAUGCCUUCAAAGGCUGUACUGUAUUGACCAUCGCCCACCGCCUCAACACAGUUCUCAACUGUGACCUCGUCCUGGUCAUGGAAAAUGGGAAGGUGGUCGAGUUUGACAAGCCUGAAGUCCUUGCCGAGAAGCCAGAUUCUGCAUUUGCAAUGUUACUAGCAGCAGAAAACAAAGUCCGAUUGUAA